AUGGAACUAGUAACGCUGCUCUUUUAUCUGCUCACGGCGAUUAUUUCGUUGUUGGUCUCAUAUUUUCGUCGUAAUCUAAACUAUUGGAAAAAUCGUGGUAUUCCUCAUGACCCACCCCAUUUACUACUGGGAAAUACGCAAGAAUAUCGUAAUACCCGAUCUUUGGGUGAAAUUUUAAUGGAUUAUUAUAAGAAAUAUAAGGGCACGGGUCCCUUUGCCGGCAUGUACAUGGGUCAGCGUCCCGUUGCAGUGCUCUUGGAUAUACCCACCAUUAAAAAUGUAAUGAUUAAGGAUUUUAAUAAUUUCACGGAUCGUGGCAUGUACUACAACGAGAAGGAUGAUCCAUUGACGGGUCAUCUAUUCUUCAUCGAUGGACAGAAGUGGCGCAACAUGAGAAAUAAAGUUUCCCCAGCCUUCACGUCGGGUAAAAUGAAGUUUAUGUAUCCCACAGUGACCCAAGUGGUGGCGGAUUUUAUGGAAGUUUUAGGCGAACAGGUUCAGCGCCGAAAGGAGGUGGAAGUUCGUGAUCUUCUCGGACGUCUUGGUAUGGAGAUAAUAGGUCGUGUGGCCUUCGGUAUUGAGUGCAACAGUUUGAAAAAUGACGAAGAUGAUUUUAUUCGCCUGGGUCGGAAAUCUAUUGAGCAGCAACGUCAUAAUAUGGCCAUAAUGGCAUUCAUUGAUAGUUUCCCCAAAUUGGCCAAAAAGCUGGGAAUGCGUAUCCUGCCCGAAGAUGUCCAUCAGUUCUUUAUGAAAACCAUCAGAGAUACUGUGGAAUAUCGUGAGAAACAUAAAAUCCAGCGAAAUGAUUUUGUGAAUAUUUUAAUCGAUUUGAAGAACAACAAGGAGGAUAAAUCGGGACUGGGGGGCUUGACAUUUGAGGAAAUGGCUGCUGAGAUUUUUGUUUUCUUUUUGGCUGGUUUUGAAACCUCCUCAUCGACAGUGACAUUUGCCCUCUUCGAAUUGGCCCAAAACCAAGAAAUACAGGAGAGGCUAAGGCAGGAGGUCACCGAGACUUUGGAGAAGUACAAGGAAUUUACCUAUGAAAGUUUGGGAGAAAUGUCCUACCUCAAUCAGGUGUUGUGUGAAUCUCUACGCAAAUAUCCAAUUGUACCAUUUUUGACACGUCGAGCUUUGAACGACUAUGUUAUACCCCAGCAUCCGAAAUAUAAGAUUGAAGCUGGUACCAUGGCCAUUAUACCCGUUUUGGGUAUACACAUGGAUCCGGAACUGUAUCCCAAUCCUGAAUGUUUUGAUCCUGAACGUUUUGCCCCGGAAAUGAUAAAGAAUCGUGAAUCAGUAGAAUGGUUGGGUUUCGGUGAUGGACCCCGUAACUGUAUUGGUCUACGAUUUGGUAAACUGCAAUCGCGUCUAUCAUUGGCCAACAUGGUUAGCCGUUAUCGUUUUACCCUCAGUUCAAAGACAAAGAUUCCAUUGCAGUUUAAUCCCACGCCACCAAUAAUGAGUCCUGUCGAACCGAUUUUUUUGAAUUUUGAGGAGAUUUGA